AUGACAGCAUAUGAAAAAGGCGUUGCAUUAUUCCGUUGGCCAAAUGUUUAUGAUAUAUGGGCUACUUAUCUGGCGAAAUUUAUUGAACGUUAUGGUGGAAAUAAACUGGAACGUGCUCGAGACUUAUUUGAACAAUGUUUAGAAAAGUGUCCAGCAAAAUAUGCUAAAGCCCUACAUUUAUUAUACGCUCGACUUGAAGAACAACAUGGUUUAGCGCGUCGAGCGAUCCGUAUAUACGAACGAGCCACAGAAGCUGUUCUACCAGAGGAGAAAUUUGAAAUGUUUAAUAUUUACAUUCAACGAAUUGCAGAUCUACACGGUGUAACACAUACACGUUCAGCUUAUGAACAAGCUAUUGAACGAUUACCAGAACAACAUGCACGUCAAAUGUGCUUGAGAUUUGCUGAUCUUGAAAGAAAACUCGGUGAAAUCGAUAGAGCCCGGGCUGUUUAUGCCUAUUGUGCACAAAUGUGUGAUCCACGUACUGAAACACAAUUUUGGCAAAUAUGGAAAGAUUUUGAAGUAACGCAUGGCAAUGAGGAUACACUACGUGAGAUGUUACGCAUUCGUCGUAGUGUUCAAGCCACAUAUAAUACACGUGUUAGCUUUGUAGCUAGUCAACUGCAAACUAAUGAAGAAUUGGUUACUGCUCCAAAAGAUGAAAUGCAAAAGUUGGAUAAAUCAGCUGCUGCUAUCGCCGCCGGUGGAAAUACAACAGAUGCUUCUUCGCAUAAACCAUGUUUAGCUGGUCGUCCAAUGGUGGUUUUCCAAUCAGCUGGUGUUAGACAACUUGGUCUAGACAGUGACAGUAAACAACAACAACAACAGGAGGCAAAUCGAAAGGCCAGUGCUAAUACUGAAGAAAUUGACAUUGAUGUCGAUGAGGAUGGUGCCGAUGAUGAUGAUGAUGACGACGAGAUGGCGGGUGAUAAUGAUCAAAGUGAUGAAGAAAAUGAAAUGCCAAGUAAAAGACGGAGAAAAAAUAAAGCAGAUGAUGUUGAUAUUGAAAGUCAACCAGUUCCAUUGGCGGUAUUUGGAAGUUUAAAACACGAUGAUGAUGACGAGGAGGGGGAAUAA